AUGGCCACUGAUAAGUUACCUCUGAAUGUAUCUCUUCUGUUUUAUAUAACAAAUCUGGGGCUCUGGACGCUACUUUGGGCUCAGACAACUUAUGAAAACAGAACACACAGUCUUAAAAUAGAAUGUAGACCUAAAACACAUAAAAACACUUAUCUUUGUAAGAUUGUAACAAAAAUUAAUACAAAUGGAGUUGAUAGCUCUAAUGUAGUGGUGGACCCAAAAGCCAUAUUAGUACUAGCAAAAGGGCAGAAUUCACACAGUAUCAUAGUUGUUCUGCAAGAGCUUUGGCACCUAGUCAUGUCCAAAGCAGAUAUAAAACUCCCUCAGCCACCUGAAGGACAGUGUUGCAGCAAUUCAUCAAAAAGAAAAACCACAGGUUUAGCCACCAGAGACUCAGAGCCAGCAAAUCUGAGUAACCUGGUGACUCUGCUUUCCUUUCAUCACAACAUGAGCUAA